CGAAAAUCUCUCCUUUUCUGGCUUGUGAACUACUGUUACGGUUGUUCGCACCAAACAUUUCUCAUCGCUGCUGCUUGCCAAUUCUUUGUUUGAACUGUAGAAGGAAAAAAUGGGUCUGAUUUAGCUGAAUUUUUUGGCCGUUUGCUUUGGGAUUUCGAAAUGGUGGAGUCAGCCGCGUCGUGCAUAUGCUGCGGCGUCUGCUUCCAUUCGACCUUAAAGCCGUUGUCUUCGAGGACCUUGAGCUUCCCAUUCCACAAUAUCUCAUACUUGUCUUCCUUCCGACCCAUUCGCCUAGUGUUCAAGCUCAAUGACCCUCCAUUCUUCUCUGGUAAAUCAUUCAUCAUCAAGAACGGUAACGGCAACAGCACCAGCACCGAUGGCACCAGAACCAGUAAAAAGAUGGCUGUGACCAUUGCGACAACAUCUUCAACUCCGUCAUUGCCUUCUGAGGACCAGCAGAUUCAUCAUCAUCAACAGCAGCAGAACAACACGAAGAAGAAGAAGAGGAGGAGAAGGAAGACCACCACGGUGACGGCUGUAACGAGGAACGUGGAAGGAGGGGCAUCGGUGAGCGUCCAAACUCUUUAUCAGAACGGAGACCCACUUGGGAGGAGGGAUUUAGGGAAGAGCGUGGUGAGGUGGAUAUCAGAGGGGAUGAAGGCCAUGUCCUCGGAUUUCGCCUCCGCCGAAGUACAGGGUGAGUUCUCUGAGGUCCAGCAGCGGAUGGGUCCUGGCCUCACCUUCGUCAUCCAAGCUCAGCCUUAUCUCAAUGCGGUCCCUAUGCCACUGGGUCUCGAAUCACUCUGCCUCAAGGCCUGCACCCACUAUCCAACCAUCUUCGACCACUUCCAGAGGGAGCUUCGUGACGUUCUCCAGCACCUCCAACGCACCAACCAGGUCCAAGACUGGCGCAACACUCACUCUUGGAAGCUCCUCAAGGACCUCGCCUGUUCAGCUCAGCAUCGAGCAAUUGCACGGAAGAUUCCCCAACUGAAGACCGUUCACGGUGGUCUAGGGAUGGACCUUGAGAAGGCCAAGGCUAUACAAAGCAGCAUUGACAACUUUGCGAAGCACAUGUCUGAGCUCCUGCGGAUUGAAAGGGAUUCUGAGUUGGAGUUCACUCAGGAGGAACUGGAUGCUGUUCCCACACCCAAUGAGGAUUCGGAUUCUUCCAAGCCUAUUGAGUACUUGGUCAGCCAUGGUCAGGCUCAGCAAGAGCUGUGCGAUACCAUUUGCAAUCUAAAUGCGGUUAGCUCGUCUACAGGAUUAGGGGGUAUGCAUUUGGUUCUGUUCAGGGUCGAAGGGAACCACCGAUUGCCACCUACAACACUUUCCCCUGGAGACAUGGUUUGUGUGAGGACAUGUGAUAGCAGGGGAGCUGGUGCAACUUCUUGCAUGCAGGGCUUUGUUAACAACUUAGGAGAUGAUGGUUGUAGCAUCAGUGUGGCGUUGGAGUCUCGCCAUGGUGAUCCCACCUUUUCUAAGCUCUUUGGCAAGAGUGUUCGCAUUGAUAGAAUCCCUGGAUUGGCUGAUGUGCUCACAUAUGAGCGCAACUGUGAAGCCCUCAUGCUGCUCCAAAAGAAUGGUUUGCAGAAGAAAAAUCCUUCAAUUGCCAUUGUUGCCACCCUAUUUGGAGAUAAAGAAGAUAUUACAUGGCUGGAGCAAAAUGAUUUGGUGGAAUGGAAUGAAGCCGAAUUGGAUGGACUAUUAGAGACUGGAACCUAUGAUGAUUCUCAACAAAGGGCAAUUUCUAUAGGUUUGAACAAGAUGAGGCCUGUACUAAUAUUACAUGGUCCUCCUGGUACUGGAAAGACUGGUUUGCUUAAGGAAUUGAUUUCACUUGCUGUUCGACAAGGUGAAAGGGUGCUCGUAACAGCACCUACAAAUGCAGCUGUAGAUAACAUGGUAGAGAAGCUUUCAAGUACUGGAAUGGAGAUUGUGCGUGUCGGAAAUCCUGCUAGGAUAUCUCCAGCUGUAGCUUCGAAGUCUCUUGGUGAAAUCGUAAAUUCAAAGCUUGAAACUUUUAGGAGAGAGUAUGAAAGGAAGAAAGCAGAUCUAAGAAAAGACCUACGGCAUUGUUUAAAAGAUGAUUCUUUAGCUGCAGGUAUACGCCAGCUUUUAAAGCAACUAGGGAAUGCAUUGAAGAAAAAGGAGAAGGAGACUGUGAAGGAAGUAUUAUCAAGUGCUCAAGUUGUACUAUCCACUAACACUGGAGCAGCUGAUCCUUUUAUUCGGAGACUGGAUCCUUUUGAUUUGGUUGUCAUAGAUGAAGCAGGGCAAGCAAUUGAGCCAUCUUGUUGGAUCCCAAUUUUGCAGGGCAAGCGCUGUAUACUUGCGGGAGAUCAGUGGCAGCUAGCUCCAGUGAUUUUGUCCAGAAAAGCCUUAGAAGGUGGACUUGGUGUAUCUCUUCUAGAAAGAGCAUCGACUCUGCAUGAAGGGAUUCUUGCAACUAGGUUAACGACUCAAUACAGGAUGAAUGAUGCAAUAGCAAGCUGGGCUUCCAAAGAGAUGUAUGAUGGAUUAGUGCAGUCUGAUCCGACUGUGUCCUCACAUCUCCUUGUUGAUUCUCCAUUUGUCAAGCCCACAUGGAUAACUCUCUGCCCAUUGCUUUUACUUGAUACGCGAAUGCCAUAUGGCAGUUUGUCAGUUGGCUGUGAGGAGCACUUGGACCCAGCUGGCACAGGCUCCUUCUAUAAUGAAGGCGAAGCAGAUAUUGUUGUGCAACAUGUCUUCUCUCUAAUUUAUGCUGGAGUUAGACCAAACACCAUUGCAGUGCAAUCUCCCUAUGUUGCUCAGGUACAACUCCUAAGGGAUAGGCUUGAUGACUUUCCGUUGGCUGCUGGUGUUGAGGUUGCAACUAUUGACAGCUUUCAAGGUCGAGAGGCUGAUGCAGUAGUUAUAUCAAUGGUCCGGUCAAACACACUGGGAGCUGUUGGAUUCCUUGGUGAUAGCAGGAGAAUGAAUGUUGCUAUAACCAGAGCACGUAAGCAUGUAGCGGUUGUGUGUGAUAGUUCUACCAUAUGCCAUAACACUUUCCUGGCCAGGCUCUUGCGUCAUAUCCGACACUUUGGAAGAGUAAAGCAUGCUGAGCCCGACACUUUUGGCGGUAAUGGACUUAGCAUGAACCCCAUCUUGCCUUCUAUUAAUUGAUCUUCAAUGGCUUAAGUAUCACGUAUAUUUUUCCCCUUAUAUAUUCUUUGGAAAGACAACUGUAAGUAGAUACAUUUUCUCGUCUGUACCUGGUACCACAUUGAUUCAUGUACAGGCCUGUUAAUUUAUUAAAAGGGACAAAUGAAAAGG